UUUAUUUUACUUGAGAAAUGAAGCAACCUAGAGUGACAUGGACCUUAUCUACUUUGUUUUCUGUGCUGUAUGAUCCACACAUUCCCUUUUGAGUUUCGAUUUCACUUCACCUUUUAUAUUUUGUCUCCAAAAAUUAAGUUAAAGGAAUAAAGAGAAUCAAGAAGAAAAUGCAUUUUCCUAUCAACUUCAUCUUCCUUUUCACCUUAUCCCCUUUGUGGAUUCCUUCAAUUGCAUUGGAAUCAGAUUCAACAGACCCAAUUCCAUCACCAUGGCCGCACCAGUUCCAUGCAACUACCAUCAUGAACUACACAGGAGGUCUCCGGAAAGUGGAUCUCUGGUACGAUUGGCCUAACAAAAGGUACUUGCAUAUAAACCAAUACCAAUUGGGGAAAAAAUUGUACGGUGUUGAAUGGCAGAACGGCACUUCAUUUUACUUCACUUUGGACUCUACCGAGGAGUGCACAAUCAGGCAUUUCCCUGUGGGAAUUUUGAGACCUAAUUGGCUUGAAGGUGCAAAUUAUAUGGGCCAGAGGUAUAAAGAUGGAUUCCUCUGUAAUGUUUGGGAUAAGAUUGAUUUCAUACACUACUAUGAAGAUGUUGCUACCCAGAUACCUGUUUAUUGGCAUUUUAAUGAUGGAUUGAUCGAACAUAUUAUGACUUUUGAGGUGGGGAAAGUGCUGGAGGAUUCUAAGUGGCAAGCCCCCGCUUACUGCUUCAAGGAGAUUGAAAAGGGAAAGAAAACUUUGCAAGAUCGACAAGUUCAAGAUCACUCACUUCUCGCUGAGAGAAGAUUUAAAAGUGACAAAUGAACGAAGAUGUAUGACAACAAUAUACCUACUGCUACUUGGAUAAGCCCGUGUUUUGAGUUUGUAAUGCUACAAAUACAUACGCAUCCCUUUUAAUUUGCACUUUCAUAUGGCAUUGACGACACUUCAGUGACUGGUGACCGUAUGUGUUUGAUAUCCAGUGCACAAAAGAUUAUUUCAAAAUUAUUUGUUUGUAAUCUA